UUACACGAGGUAUUCGCUCAUGAUUAUGUUUUAAGCUCUACCCCACACAGCCCCUUCCCUUUCACGCUCUCUAUCUCCUCUCUCGUGCGCCGAUCUCCCUCUCCGUCUGGUGCGCCGCCGUCGUCGCUGCCGCUUGCCGAUCGCUUCUUGUCGCCGCCUCCGUCAGUCCUCGAAGUUCCUGUUAACAUCGAGGACAAUCCUGGAGAAAGAACCAUACAACUAAAGGGAAAAUUCGGAGAUGAGAGUAGAGACACAGUCUUGCAGAGGCAAACGAAACACAGUCGUUUAGGAAGGCGGUUCCCCUGUUCCUGUGUUUGGGUCAGUGGUCAAAGCAUUUGAUAGUGCAACCAAACCUAACUAACAAUUAACACACCAACAUCACACACAUUUCUCUCUCUCGCCAUGGCUAUGGCUAUGCAAAGCGGAAUUGGAGUCUCUAAGAUCCUCAUCAUAGCUGGAGCAGGUUAUACCAGCACUGUCCUCAUCAAAACUGGAAAACUCUCUGAUUUAAUCGGCGAGCUUCAGUUGCUGGUGAAGGGAUUGGAAAAAUCCGGGGAGCAUGCUGAAGGUGAAGGUGAAUAUGCUGAUGCCAUAGCUGCUCAGGUGCGUCGCCUGGCGAAUGAAGUUCGGCAGCUAGCAUCAAACAGGCCAAUCACAGUACUGAAUGGGGGUUCUGAACAAAGUAAUUUAUCAUCUCUCGUCGUUCCAGCUGCUGCCUUGGGUGCUCUGGGUUAUGGCUACAUGUGGUGGAAGGGAAUUUCAUUCUCAGAUCUCAUGUAUGUGACUAAACGGAAUAUGGAAAAAGCUGUUGCAGAUUUAACCAAAAAGUUGCAGCAUGCCUCAGAUGUCAUUGCUGAUACCAAGAAGCAUUUGACUCAGAGAAUUCAGAAUUUGAAUGACAAAAUGCUCAAGCUGAAUGAGUUGCAAAGGUCAACUAAGGAUGAAGUUGCUGGAGUUAGAAGUACUAUUACUGAUAUCCAUGAAGACUUGGGUUAUUUGCAACAAACAGUGGAAACAUUGGAUUAUAGGUUGGCUGAAUUGAGUUCUAAGCAGGAUUAUGCAAAUUAUGGAUUGUCAUAUCUCAUCGACUAUGUACACGGAAAAAGCCAGAAAAAGCCUGAAUUGUUGCAGGAGCAACUGAAACUUUCAGGGAAGUCCCCUAAUUUGAUCACAUAUAAAGGAACUCCAAAUCUAAUGGGUCUUAAAGACAUUGCGGAAACAUUGUCUGCUUCAGAUAGGUCUGCUUCAGAUAGUGUCAUGCCAGAUGGCAUGGAUAAACGAGAGCAACAACGAAGGCCAUUGUUGAGGAAUGGCAUUGCUAAAACUUUGUCCGGUUUAGACAAGUCUGCUUUAGACAGUAUCAUGCCAAAUGGUGUGGAUAAACUAGAGCAACUGUGAAGGCCAUUGUGGAGGUUUGAAAUAGCUCAUUUUUUAGUUCUUUGAAUCUUCUCCCUAUGUAGAAGAACGCAUUGCAUGCUGGGCAUUCUAAAUUUUGAUCCUGACAGUUGUUUCCUUGGUUGUGCCUAUGCUCAAUCUGUUUGCAUUUUUGAUUCAAACAUGCUUUGAUUUUGCAGUAGUAGUUCAACCAAGCGUUGAUGACAAGGUCUUAAAUCAUAAUUACCAACCUUUUAAGCGUUCCUUCCUCCCUUGUUUUUAUUCAGCAGUAACUUUGACUUUCAGUUCACUUGUCCAUAAAUCACAAUAUAUUUGUGACAGCUAUUGUGAUUUUCACAUUAAAUUUUAUCCUACAUAGUAUAUUAAUAGACUGGAUAACAUUAUAUAUUCAAGCUGGUGAGUUGUGAUUCUAAAUUGUAAAUAAACUUUUUGCUGUCAAGGUGUGUGUUGGUUUGGUGCUACCAGUUUAUGCCAGAUGCUUUUGGUGUGCAAGAUUAUGACUUCUGUUGUAUUUGUUUUACCAUAAUUGUGAUUGCCUUCGACUAUGAGGUGGAUGUGGCAUCAUGAAUUAAUGAUUUAUGAACAUCGUCGACAGCUUUAUACAAGUUAACUUUUUAUGAA